UGCUUACAAAUCCUGUACAGUACACAUUAAUCCUAUAAGACCUAACCCCCUCGUUCCAUUUUCCAGAAGAAUUUUUUACUCUUCACUGCUUCAGCUGCUCGGUUUUGUAGUCAACUACUAUGGCAACCAGAAUGGCCGCUAGAUACAUACCUCGCAGGUUUUCGAGUGGUGGGAAAAUACUGAGUGAGGAGGAAAAGGCUGCGGAAAAUGUUUACAUCAAGAAAAUUGAGCAAGAGAAAUUGGAGAAACUUGCACGCAAGGGACCCAAACCAGAGGAGAAACCAGAUGCAGGUUCAGGGGCUUCUGUGACUGAUGCUAAGUUUACCAGCUCUACCUCAACGUCAGGGGCAUCAACUGAGAAAGUAUCAACUGAUAAGUAUCGGAACUAUGCAGUUCUUGCUGGUGUUAUAACCUCUGCUGGUGCUCUGGGAUGGUAUCUCAAAUCCAAAGACAGGAAGCAAGAAGUCCAUGACUGAGGUUAAUUUCACAGGAUUUUGGAAGUGAAACAUGGCAUGAAUAGUUACCCUACUACUCUGUAGUUGAAAAUAAUCCAGACUUCUUGCAAACAGUUUAUGUUGUUUCUUGAUAUGACAACAGAGGUGUUUGAUUUACUGGUUCUUUGAUCUCAAAGAAAAAAAAAAUUGCAAUUGAAAGAACAAAACCAUGAUAUUCCAUUUUGUGUUUUUUGUUUCUUUUAAUUGGUCUAAUUCGAGUUUGUAGAUUAGGGUACAGACAGGCAGUGAAUAUUUCAUUAUUUCGGAAUAAAAGUAAUUUGAGAUUUUACACCAUCUAAGAACUUUGACUAAGUUCUCUUUGUUUUUCCUUUAUAAGUUAUGGUAAUCGGUUAUCUAUCAGGAUGCUAUUAAGCAAGGCUUAAACAUUCCAUUAUUUCCUCUUUUCUCUUCCACUGAAUGAUAGGA